AUGCGAUACGCAGCGCUCUCUCUGCUCGCCGCCAGCGCCGCCGCUGCCCUUCAGCGCACGACCGGAUGGCUCCACUGCCCGCUGCGCUACUCAGCCUCCGUCUUUGCCAAGGACUGGCGCAACGCGACCUGCGCCACCUUUGACGCACCGCUCUGCUACCCCGGCACGUGCGCCUCGACGACGACCAACAUCUCGGUCUUUGUCAAGCGCCUCGAAGCCGUAAACGGAGCCUCGCCCAAGGCCAUUUGGCUGCUCCAAGGCGGGCCCGGCGCGUCGUCCAUCAACAUGGAAGGCUACAUGCAGAAUCUGUACGUCGCCCUCAACAAGAGCGUGAGCGUUUACACGAUGGACCACCGCGGCACGGGCAAGAGCACGUACUUGGACUGCGCGACGACGGAAGCGACAACCAACGGCAGCCCGUGGGGAACCUCCAUUAGCCCCUCCGAGCUGCCCGAGUGCCUCCGCAACGUCCGCCAGAUCUAUGGCAACGACGCGGCCGCGGGCUUUUCGUCGCAUAGCGCGGCCAGCGAUGUGGCGGCUUUGAUUCAGACGCUCACGCCGACUGCCGAGACGUACGUGUACGGUGUUAGCUACGGCACGCACUGGGUGCGCCGGCUCAUGGCACUCGACCCUCCGACGGUCCACGGCUACAUUUUGGACGGCGUCUCGGGCCUGUUUUCCCGCUGGAAUCUCGACUACCUGUCGGAAGUCGACACGUACUUUGACUAUUGCACGAAGGACGCCACGUGCCGUGCCAAGCUCGGCCACGAUCCUGCCAAGGUCCUCCGUGACCUCUACCAUACGCUCGAUACGAACGCGACGGCCCGGUCCGCGGCGUGCGUACGCGCACUUCCCAACUACUUGAACGCUGCCGUGCCGCCGUCGUGGGCCCUCCGGCACCGCCUCAAACUCCUUCUCGCCGCCGGCGUCGGGUUCCAGGAGCUCAUCCCGAUUUUGAUCUACCGACUCCACCGGUGCUCCCGCAGCGACGAAGCUUUCUUGGCCGCGUGGAACCAGCGGCUCGCGUUGUCCAACUUUUUAACGAAGAACGACGACGGCGCCAACGACCAAGACCGCGACAGCUCGGCGCUGCUCUAUGGCGCCGUCGCGUACUCGGAGAUGUGGGAGCAGCCCGUGCCGUCGCGAGCCGAGCUCGAAUCUCGCUUUCUCAACAACCUCUUUGGGUUCAAUCUCACGACACAGUACCACGACUACUGCGUCUUCACCGGCGCCACCACCGACAUUUGCAACGGCAUCGACCAACCACCGGAUGUCACCUUUACGUAUCCGUCCAAGCUUCUCACGUCGCCGACGCUGCCGUCGCAGAGCUCCGUGCUCAUCUUUGCCGGCGCCCUCGACACCCAAACGCCGCUCAGUAUUGCUGUCAACGUCACGCGCGACUUUCACAGCAACGACCGCGCGCGGCUCGUCACCUACCCCUACGCCGGCCACAGCUGCCUCCUGCGCACCUCGGUGCAGAGCCCGGGUCAGCCCACAUGCGCGACGACGGUGCUGGCGUCGUAUGUAGCGCAUGGCGGCAACAUUGCGCAGCUCAACACGAGCUGCCUCGACGACUUGGUCCCCACGGCGUUCACCCUCUCGGCCGCCAAGGCAUUGGACACAUUCGGGGUCCGUGACGCGUACGAAGGCAACGUCACGACGCUGGUCGUUGCCUCGUCGAUGACGAUGACGACGCAGGAAGCGUCGCUGGACCAAACGAGCGCGCUUGUCAUUGCCAGCGGCUGCAUUUGUGUCGGCCUCGUGUCCAUUGCCGUCGCACUCCUCCUCCGACGUCGCUCUCGAGCGACCAGUGCCGUCCUUGUCCGUCAGGAGCCGUCUAAUGUCUGUCAUUUUUGCCGUUAA